AUGAAUAUCUAUAGCAACCUCGCACUAAAAGCUCUCUACUCCCACCCUCAAGAGCCAAUCGGAAUCAGGUCAACGCUGCUUCGCACACUCCCGUCCCUUCCUUCUCUUCCAUAUACCCCUUGCCCAUCGUGGCCCUCCAUGCCGACGCCUCUCCCAGCGAGCAGCCCCGACAUAUACCAACAAUACCGUGUACGACCCCGUCAUGACAUCACUAACGAUCCAACAACAACGACCACUACGCCCGCAACCUCUGUGGGCGACACGAACCCCACUUCAACACCUGCGAUACCUCCAAGCACGUCCCCCUUUCCUUCUGCAUCAGACCAACCAUCAUCUACAAUUAGUCCCUCCCUGCCUGGAAGUGGAGGUGGACCUCUAGUCUUCACCACCACUGUCGCAGUUACAACAGUUACCGAAUCUGCCACCACUUUCACAUCCUUCUCGCAAUCAGUCUUUACUCAGGCCCAGGGCUCAUCGUCACCUGCUUUCUCAGACUCAGCGUCUACCACUACCUCAGCCUCGUCUGGCGUGGUUUCUCAAGUGGGCUCCACCGUAGAGUCUAUAUGCCCAGGAGACGGGUUUGACGGAGCAGCAGCGGGAAUGUUAGCGGCUAUAAUCCUUCCGAGCGCUAUCGGGUUCAUUUUAUGGCUAAUUUUCGCUAUUGUACGGCCGCGCUUUAGACAAAUAUACGCGUUGAGAGAGUGGUUCGUACAACAGGAUCUCCGACCCAAACCUCUCGGUUCAUCCUUCUUCGCUUUCCUGUUUCCUAAAGUUCCAUUCGUCCCGGAUGUCCCUUCGGACGUAUCAGAUGCUGGUCGCUCAGCAGCCCAAGACGCGAAGCUCUUUCCUUCAGAUGAAGAAAUGGGCCAGCGAGCACUCUGGGUGGCGUUCCUGAUCGUUCUAGGCUGGUCUGUCCUCGCCCUUGGUGGGGCCCUUCCCCUCUAUCUCAUCAGCACCCCGUGCAAUGUCAACCUUCCAUCCGCUGCUAUUUUUGAAGGGGGCUACUCUACCCUCUCUGAUCUCAGCUUACUUCGUCUCUUGAGGUUGCUUGACAGCCGCAAUGUAACCACCGCAAACCUUGAAGUUUUGGCCCGCAGAGCAAUUAUAUCGCCAUCCGACCCCGAAAAUGCGCGUCUCCGUGUAGUUAUUCUGACCAUCUUGGUUCUUCUUCUGGGUCUGCUCCCAGCCUUGAUCAAGAUUCUCCGGGAGUUCAACACAGUGGCAGAGUAUAGAAGGCGAUGGAUAGAGAUAAAGUGCGAAGGAAAGGACUUAGCCUGGAUCAGUGCGCGUAGAGCUCCUGGAUUCGUUUCAUGGGGAGAAAAGCAGCUCAAGGACUACCUCGUGAAAAUUGGUCUUAGUUCUAGCCUUGGGGACGCUUCUAAACGGAAUGGAAAUGAUGGCGGUAUUCGCGCAAGAAAUGGGGAAAAGACUACCCGGAGAAGAGAGGAAGAGCAGCCCUUGCAUCGACGCGAUGAUGCCAAUGGUGCUGAGGUCGAUAUCCAAAGCCUAUUUUCGAUUGGAGAUACGCAUAGACUGGCGCUCCUCAUAGACGAACGAGACGAGAUCCUAGAGAACCUGGAGAUCGCGGAAACCAAGUAUAUUAGCUCGUUCCGUGUUACGACCCCGGAUCCUUCCAUCUUGGAUUUUGUGCCUCCCCCACCGGUGGAUCCUAGCAGACCGUACAUCAGUCGACCUCUUCCUUUGGGCCCACCACAACCUCGUCGGACACGAGGAAGACGCCAUAUGAAUCGAGCAUUCGGGUCAUCCUCCUUUGCACCAACCUCCUUUGUCGCUCCUUCGUCCUAUUAUAAGCUUCGCGGGGUCAAAGGUGUGAGCGGAGGGAAGUUCGCAGAGUCCGGCGUCGACCGUCAUCAGAGCCUAUCGGACUCAAUUCACUCUAGAGUCAUUGGGAGCAGAUUCAUGGAAGUCAAUCGAAAUUCUGUUGCUUAUGGGCGUCUGCCACUCGGUAGCCACGUUGCAAUCGAGAAAGAUGGCGAACUUGGACCAGCAUCCGACCAUGGAAGUUGGUUGGCUCCUAUACCGGACCCUAGGCGUUUUGGACCCAACUACGGAAUCACCCCUUAUGAAAACCUCUUCGUCGAUGAGCACGGCGUCGUGCACACGAUCCCAGAGCAGGAAGAAGAGGAAUGGGUGAAACUGUCGACAGACGGACCCGAUGAAAUUAACUCAGAUUUCAAUGGGAUACCACCAGAUCAAGCUGGACCAUCUUCCUUCAUGCGCCGACCUCGCCCUCCCAAAUCAGACCCCCCUUCAUUGACGAGACGAGAAACAUUCCCUCUUCGCCAAGAGCCUGCUGGGGAUCCAGAUUCAGUACCUCCUCCACAUCUGCGUCUUCAGCCAUCGCAGCCAUUCGUGCGGCCUCUCGAAGGAUUAGGCUUCGAGGAUCUUGGCCAUGUGUAUGCUGAAAUCACCCAGUGGCGGUCCAGGCUGAAGGUCAUCAAUGCCGAAAUUGCUGAGGCCCAGAGAGAGAGCUAUAACGACAUCGCCAAUGGCACCGACAUCAAUGGGUGGCUGUUAGUCGGGAAAGGCCUGAGAUUCCUCCCAGGCAUCCAGAUGAUCGAAGGAAGAGCCAAGGAAGACAUUCGAUGGGACGUUCUCCAGAAUGAAAGAACCUGGAUGGAAACAACGGUUAUGUGGGCGGUUAUUCUCGGGGUUGCAAUAGCCAUGGCUGCUGCCCUUACCGCCGCUGUUGGGCUUGCCCUUGCCCCGGCGCCAGAUGUUGCUCAUUACAUACCCUUCUUGCAACCCCUCGUGACAGCCGAACCAAUAGCAGCUGGCCUUGCGACAAUUCUUGCACCGGCCGUUGCUGCCACUCUCUUCAUAAUCGCUGGUCUGGCGGUCAUACACCUGGUCGCUACCAUCCACGGAUCCGUCUCCAUCUCUGGAAACCAACUCCUCAUCUUCAAAAUUACCUUUUUUGUUCUAACAUUCGUCGGCACUGUGUGGAUCGUGGCUAUUGGUGCCAUUUUGUUUUCUAUGCAGGCCCUCAAUACCGACUCGAGCCCCACGAAGUCGAUCGCCAACGGCGCCGUAUAUAUCAGUGUCCUUUGUCUUGCUCUAGUCUUCAACGUUGCUGUCAUAUUCCCUGCCUGCCUCCUUCUCCAACCUUUCCGUCUAUGGCACGUUUUUCGCGCAGAGAAACAUGCUGUAACCCCGCGACAACGUUUCCGAGCUGUAUAUCCCAGGACCUAUAAUCCUUCCUUUGCAAUUGGUGCAUGUGUUCUCGCUAUUGUUUUCGCGUCCACAUUUGCUCUCAUUUUCCCUCUCAUCGCCCCCGCUGUCGUUAUCUUGCUCCUUCUCACUCUGAUCGCUCACCGCUUCCUCGUCGGCUACGUGUACGCACGCACACACUCCCAGACAGGCGGCCUCCUUCAACUAUGGCUCCUCCGUCGCUUUGGAACCCUUCUUUCCUUCCAGCCCAUUCUUUUAGGCCUCAUCUUCCUGUCGCGCGAGUUCUGGGUUGAAGGUGGCAUCCUGGUUGGAACUGGCGUCUUCGUGAUUUUAUUCGUCGAGGUAUACACAACCUGGAAGACUCGACUGCCUGGACGCAACUCCUUGAGCCCAAUCACGCGGAACUCGCUCGACAGAUUUGCCAGUGGUGCAGAUCGUUACCUCCAUAACGAAACAGACACCCUUGGUAGUAGUGUUCCUGGCGCCCGGCCUCGUGGCUCAAUGGCUUCGGUUCUUGAGAUGAUGAGCUUGACACUAGCCGUCAUGCCCUCUUCAUCGACCUACAAGGGGCCUGUGCCACUACCUACUGAAAGCCUGGAUGACUUAGCGGCCACCGAACGAGCUGCACGGACACAUCCUGACGCCCCUCCACGUCUACCACCACUGCCAUUCACCGACCACGCAGAAGAUAUGGCAGGUAUUUUGUACGCGCCAGAGCUCAUCGCGCCUCCACCUAUCAUCUGGCUACCCAAUGAUUUGGCUGGCGUGGCGAAGUCGGAGGCGGUCGACCUCCAAAAAUACCACGACCUUCAGGUGACCUUGGACGUUAGAGCCAAAGAAGACGUGUUACCCAGACGAUCUUCUUCUCGGGGUAGGCCGUCAAGAUAG